GAGAGAAAGAGAGGGAGAGGGAGAGAGAAAUGGAGAGAAAGGGAGAAAGAGUGAGAGAGGGAGCGAUAGAGGGAGAGACAGUGUGUCACAUACAGAAAGACAGAAAAAGGUGGUGGUGUAACUUAAAGUGAGGAUAAUUUAAGGAGGGUGUCAUGACGCCCAAGGAGUAUCUCUCCCUCCAUUUACCUCUCUCCCCUUGACUUAUGGCACCAGGACAGCCUGCCCACCAGCCCAGCAUGGUGCCACCCAGCCCACCAGUCCUGUGUGGUGCCACCCUGCCCACCAGCCCUGUAUGGUGCCACCCUGCCCACCAGUCCUGUGUGGUGCCACCCUGCCCACCAGCCCUGUAUGGUGCCACCCUGCCCACCAGCCCAGCAUGGUGCCACCCAGCCCACCACUCCUGUGUGGUGCCACCCUGCCCACCAGUCCUGUAUGGUGCCACCCUGCCCACCAGUCCUGUAUGGUGCCACCCUGCCCACCAGCCCUGUAUGGUGCCACCCUGCCCACCAGUCCUGUAUGGUGCCACCCUGCCCACCAGCCCUGUAUGGUGCCACCCUGCCCACCAGUCCUGUAUGGUGCCACCCUGCCCACCAGUCCUGUAUGGUGCCACCCUGCCCACCAGUCCUGUAUGGUGCCAACGUGCCCACCAGUCCUGUAUGGUGCCACCCUGCCCACCAGCCCUGUAUGGUGCCACCCUGCCCACCAGUCCUGUAUGGUGCCACCCUGCCCACCAGCCCUGUAUGGUGCCACCCUGCCCACCAGUCCUGUAUGGUGCCACCCUGCCCACCAGCCCUGUAUGGUGCCACCCUGCCCACCAGUCCUGUGUGGUGCCACCCUGCCCACCAGCCCUGUAUGGUGCUACCCUGCCCACCAGUCCUGUAUGGUGCCACCCUGCCCACCAGCCCUGUAUGGUGCCACCCUGCCCACCAGUCCUGUGUGGUGCCACCCUGCCCACCAGCCCUGUAUGGUGCUACCCUGCCCACCAGUCCUGUGUGGUGCCACCCUGCCCACCAGCCCUAUAUGGUGCCACCCUGCCCACCAGUCCUGUAUGGUGCUACCCUGCCCACCAGUCCUGUGUGGUGCCACCCUGCCCACCAGCCCUAUAUGGUGCCACCCUGCCCACCAGUCCUCUAUGGUGCCACCCUGCCCACCAGUCCUGUGUGGUACCACCAUGCCCACUAGCCCUGUAUGGUGCCACAGAAUAUUCCUUACCUGUCCCCAUGUUGUACCAUUUUUCACUACCCUAAUGGCUUGGUAACAUGGUAUACAACUCAUCUCCUUGGGUGUGUCAAUACUCAUCCAUGGCUUCCUUUCCAUGUAUACUUUUAACACAAACAAGUGACAAACAACAUAUGUGCCUGGCCAUUUUAGGCCAUGCCAGAUCAGUGAUCAUGGAGAUGAAAACACAAGAAAUGGAAGCAACUUAACAGCAUUGAGAUACACCCCUAGUCUCUUAGUAUUCAACUUGCAUGGUGAGAUGUCAGCCCAUUCAACCCAAUAGGCUGACAGAGAGAUAGGUUAAAUAUAGGCUUGUUAUGGGAGGUGUAAUGAGAGGAGCAACAGCACAUUGAUGCUGUCUGGGUUCAUACUCUUGUAGCAGAAUGAUGGGGUCUCCAAGGGCAACGCUGCUGCUGCAUGCUGGGUGACGUGGUCCAAAUCAACUAAAUCCACCAGGAGAGGGGGAGAGAGAUGAAGAGAUAGACAGAGGAAGUUAGAGAGAUGAAACGAUAGACAGAGGAAGUUAGAGAGAAGAACCGAUAGACAGAGGAAGUUAGAGAGAUGAAACGAUAGACGGAGGAAGAUAGAGAGAUGAAAUGAUAGACAGAGGAAGAUAGAGAGAUGAAAUGAUAGACAGAGGAAGAUAGAGAGGUGAAACGAUAGACGGAGGAAGAUAGAGAGAUGAAAUGAUAGACAGAGGAAGAUAGAGAGGUGAAACAAUAGAAAGAGGAAGAUAGAGAGAUGAAACGAUAGACAGAGGAAGAUAGAGAGGUGAAACGAUAGAGGAAGAUAGAGAGGUGAAACGAUAGAAAGAGGAAGAUAGAGAGAUGAAAUGAUAGAAAGAGGAAGAUAGAGAGGUGAAACGAUAGACAGAGGAAGAUAGAGAGAUGAAAUGACAGAAAGAGGAAGAUAGAGAGGUGAAACGAUAGACAGAGGAAGAUAGAGAGAUGAAACGAUAGAAAGAGGAAGAUAGAGAGAUGAAAUGAUAGAAAGAGGAAGAUAGAGAGGUGAAACGAUAGACAGAGGAAGAUAGAGAGAUGAAACGACAGAAAGAGGAAGAUAGAGAGAUGAAACGAUAGACAGAGGAAGAUAGAGAGGUGAAAUGAUAGACAGAGGAAGAUAGAGAGAUGAAACGACAGAAAGAGGAAGAUAGAGAGGUGAAACAAUAGAAAGAGAAAGAUAGAGAGAUGAAACGAUAGACAGAGGAAGAUAGAGAGAUGAAACGACAGAAAGAGGAAGAUAGAGAGGUGAAACGAUAGAAAUACGAAGAUAGAGAGAUGAAAUGACAGAAAGAGGAAGAUAGAGAGAUGAAACGAUAGAGGAAGAUAGAGAGAUGAAAUGAUAGACAGAGGAAGAUAGAGAAAUGAAACGAUAGAAAGAGGAAGAUAGAGAGAUGAAAUGACAGAAAGAGGAAGUGAGAGAUGAAACGAUAGAGGAAGAUAGAGAGAUAAAACAAUAGACAGAGGAAGAUAGAGAGGUGAAACCGAUAGACAGAGGAAGGUAGAGAGAUGAAACGAUAGAAAGAGGAAGAUAGAGAGAUGAAACGAUAGAAAGAGGAGGAUAGAGAGAUGAAAUGAUAGAAAGAGGAAGAUAGAGAGAUGAAACGAUAGAAAGAGGAAGAUAGAGGGAAUAAAUGAUAGAUAGAGGAAGAUAGAGAGGUGAAACGAUAGACAGAGGAAGAUAGAGAGAUGAAAUGAUAGAAAGAGGAAGAUAGAGAGAUGAAACGAUAGACAGAGGAAGAUAGAGAGAUUAAACAAUAGACAGAGGAAGAUAGAGAGAUGAAGAGAUAGAAAGAGGAAGAUAGAGAGAUGAAUGAAUAGACAGAGGAAGAUAGAGAGAUGAAAUGACAGAAAGAGGAAGACAGAGAGGUGAAACGAUAGAGGAAGAUAGAGAGGUGAAAUGAUAGAGGAAGAUAGAGAGAUGAAACGACAGAAAGAGGAAGAUAGAGAGGUGAAACGAUAGAGGAAGAUAGAGAGAUGAAACGAUAGACAGAGGAAGAUAGAGAGGUGAAACGAUAGAAAGAGGAAGAUAGAGAGGUGAAACGAUAGACAGAGGAAGAUAGAGAGAUGAAACGACAGAAAGAGGAAGAUAGAGAGGUGAAACGAUAGACAUAGGAAGAUAGAGAGAUGAAACAACAGAAAGAGGAAGAUAGAGAGGUGAAACGAUAGAGGAAGAUAGAGAGGUGAAACGAUAGAAAGAGGAAGAUAGAGAGAUGAAACGAUAGAAAGAGGAAGAUAGAGGGAAUAAAUGAUAGAUAGAGGAAGAUAGAGAGAUGAAACGACAGAAAGAGGAAGAUAGAGAGGUGAAACAAUAGAAAGAGGAAGAUAGAGAGAUGAAACGAUAGACAGAGGAAGAUAGAGAGGUGAAACGAUAGAGGAAGAUAGAGAGGUGAAACGAUAGAAAGAGGAAGAUAGAGAGAUGAAACGAUAGAAAGAGGAAGAUAGAGGGAAUAAAUGAUAGAUAGAGGAAGAUAGAGAGAUGAAACGACAGAAAGAGGAAGAUAGAGAGAUGAAGAGAUAGAAAGAGGAAGAUAGAGAGAUGAAACGAUAGACAGAGGAAGAUAGAGAGAUGAAGAGAUAGAAAGAGGAAGAUAGAGAGAUGAAACGAUAGACAGAGGAAGAUAGAGAGAUGAAACGACAGAAAGAGGAAGAUAGAGAGGUGAAACCGAUAGACAGAGGAAGGUAGAGAGAUGAAACGAUAGAAAGAGGAAGAUAGAGUGAUGAAACGAUAGAGGAAGAUAGAGAGAUGAAAUGAUAGAAAGAGGAAGAUAGAGAGAUGAAACGAUAGAAAGAGGAAGAUAGAGAGAUGAAACGAUAGAGGAAGAUAGAGAGAUGAAACGAUAGACAGAGGAAGAUAGAGAGAUGAAAUGAUAGAAAGAGGAGGAUAGAGAGAUGAAAUGAUAGAAAGAGGAAGAUAGAGAGAUGAAACGAUAGAAAGAGGAAGAUAGAGAGAUGAAAUGAUAGAAAGAGGAAGAUAGAGGGAAUACAUGAUAGAUAGAGGAAGAUAGAGAGAUGAAACGACAGAAAGAGGAAGAGAGGGAAUACAUGAUAGAUAGAGGAAGAUGGAGAGAUGAAACGACAGAAAGAGGAAGAUAGAGAGGUGAAACGAUAGAGGAAGAUAGAGAGAUGAAACGACAGAAAGAGGAAGAUAGAGAGAUGAAACGAUAGAAAGAGGAAGAUAGAGAGAUGAAACGAUAGAAAGAGGAGGAUAGAGAGAUGAAACGAUAGAAAGAGGAGGAUAGAGAGAUGAAACGAUAUAAAGAGGAACAUAGAGGGAAUAAAUGAUAGAUAGAGGAAGAUGGGGAGGACGAUGAAGAGGGAGAUUAAUUAGAUGAAGGAGAGAGAGGUGAAAGAGAGAGAGAGAUUAAUCCUUCACUAUUAGUAUCAAUCGCUCUUCCACUCGACAUCUCCCCUCCCUCCAUUGCUCGGCUAGAUAACAACAGAUUUGGUCUCAUCAUGCAUGCGAACAGGCACCACACACCUUACAGUGAGGGUGCAGGUGUUAGAGAAGCAGUCUGAUAACAACCCACCUGGCCCUCCUCUCUGUCCCUUAUCGUGAUAAUUGGCCUACAGGGUCAUGGAUAAUGGAUAAUCAUGGCUGGGAGUCACACUCUGUCUGUGUGGCCGUCUCUCCCAUCCCCCUCCCUCGUAUCCCCUGGCAAAUCAGGCCAUGUUUUGGCUGCUGGGGUUGUUCUGCUUUGGUGGCAGGAUGCGACAGUGUCCUCAACUGACUGCCAGCGUGGCCUACUUUCCCCAAGAGGGAGAGAUGAGAGAUGAGAAAAGGUCUGCUCUGUUUUCAAUAUGGAAAUAGAUGAGAGGGAAGAGGGUGAGAUGGAGAUAAAGAGAGAGAGAGAGGUAUUUUCUGUGAGGAUGGGGAUCUGAGAGUAUGUAGCAAGGGAGAGAAUGGGGUAGAGCGAGAGGUGGUGGAGAGAAAGGGGGGGUAGAGAGAAAGCAAAACAGGAGAAGAGGGGGAGAGAGGGGGAAUGGACAGAGAGAAAUUGAGAGCAUGAGAAAACAGAGUGAGAGUCGGAGAGGAUCUUGUCUGGCUGUCUUCUUGUGUUUUAAUCACCACACUCUGUUGUUCAUCACAUCUUUCAUCUCGGUGGUUGCGCUAGCUGUUAGCAGACUGGCGCUAUUACAACUGGCUGGCACACACACCCUUCAUUAGAUCUGAGAUGGGCCCCUCUCUCCUUGGAUAUCAUAGUAAAUAUGACAUCAUAGAAAAAAAAGCAGAGCCAAGUGAUCAUCUCAUGCUAUAGAAACCACUUCUCAACCAUUUCAGCAGUAUAUCACAACAA